AUGGGGGCUGAGGGAGGCUGGAAGCAGGAGCUCAGUAUGAGGGUGGUGUGGGCGACAAUGGUGGUCGCCGUGCAGAGCUCGUGCGCGAGGCAGAGGAGGCCUGGGCACUGCUUUCUGGACAAAUUCACAAGGUGGAUUGAGGUGAAACCGAUCAUCAAGCCCAGCUCCCAAGAAGCCGUCAAGUUUUUCCUGGACAUCGUCUAUCGAUUCGGUGUGCCCAACACCAUCAUCACAGACAAUGGGACCAACUUCAAAGGCAAGAAGUUCUUGGAUUCCGCUAACGGGUAUGGGAUCAGGAUCGACUGGGCAUCGGUCGGACACCCGUGCACCAAUGGGCAGGUGGAGAGGGCGAAUGGCAUGGUCCUCCAGGGACUCAAGCCUCACAUCUUUGACCAGCUUAACAAGUUUGCUAGAGGGUGGGUCCAGGAGCUCCCAGCCAUCCUCUAG